UCUAUGUAUUUUCAAAGAUGACAUCAAGUAUUUCAGAUGGUCACUCAGAAGCUCCAUCAUGUAAACAAACUUUUGGAAAUCUGGGGGAAAGGCAAUGGGUUUCCAAAUCCACUAUUUUUAUCUUUUACCAGCAAGCAGGAGCUGGGCAGAACAUAGAAUAAAAUGUGGACUUUCUCAGUAAGGGUUAAUAAUCAAUGUAGAUCGCCUAACAAAGGCAAGGCUGCUGUAUUAUACUGGGAAAGUUUUUUUUUUUUUUUUUUUCUUAACUGUCAGUGAAGCAGUACUAAUUAUUACUCCAGUGUAAAUGAGGUCAUUUCCUAUUAAGAGAACAAAAUGCUCAGGCUCGCCUUGCCAAUUCAUACCAACUAUUUUUCACACAUACUCAGCUUUUUAGAUUUUUUUAAAAGUUUUGAUAAAAUCCAUUCAUUUGUAUUAGAAAAGUGUAAACCGCCGCAAUAAUAGUUACCCAUGAUUACCCCAGAUGAGCUUUUGUAAUAUGUGGGAUGUUUGAAUACCAUGUGUUAGCCAUGCAACAAUUAGACAGUUGAAUGGAUCUUUAAAACAAUCAGAUACUUUUAUCUCACUGCUUAAAAAAAAAAAAAGAAACACAAAAAAACCAUUCCUUGGAUGUGUACCGUUAAACUGUAAAUUCUGGGGAACACGCCACUUGUGUCACGAGGAGAACUUUCGGGUGUGUGUUGAUCAAGGACAAAAAGACAUCCAAAUAUCUUAUCUGCAUGUUUUCAUUUUUUUAUGCAAAAAGAUUUAAGGAAUAUUGUAGCAAACAAAGGGUAAUUGUUUUAGCCCAGAUGUUGCUUUUGCACAACAAGCAGGUUACAAUGUUCCCACAGAGCUGAUGAGCCCAAUCAGGGAAAUGAUUAAAAAUUGAUUUUGUCCCUGUAAUUACAGUAUGUAAACUACUUAGCUUGGAUUGCAAAGGAAGUGAUUUUCUAAUUACGUAUAUACUCUGGUGUCUAAUGAUUGGUUUUUUGAAGUAAUGAAGAGAGAGCACUAACGACUCCUUGGUGCUCUGUUGUUAAAGAAAGACCAUCUUUAGAGUAAGCAGCAGCAGACAAAGAGUUUAAAUUGAAUUUUCAACACUGUUAACGUGCACAUGGGUUUGUUUAUUAAAGAGACAGGGGCACAAUUUGAUUGGCUCCAAGCAGCUUGGCUUUUCUUCAUGCUAGAGCAUGUGAAAACACAUGUACUGGCAGGCAGGCGUGUGGCAAGAGGUCCUGUCACUCACCUCUGAGAGUCCCAGUGCCUGGGCCUAUGACAUAGGGUCUCAGGUUGCUGGAAAGUUCUGAUGUCUGUGUGUCCUGAAAGUUUUAGAUUGAACAGGUAUCAGAUGGCAUCUCUGCCAGUUACCUUUGUUUUAAAAUGAGAGUGGAGGAUGUCUAGGGAAUAUCUUUUUUCAACUGCCUUAUAAGUGGCUGGUCUCUAGUAUGUGGGUGAACUCCAUGUUUAUAGGCCUGACUACACAAGGACAGCUGUGGGACCCUAGAGUGGACUCCUGGACUUUUAGAUGGGACUCCUGGACUUUUAAAUGGUUGCAUUGAAGUUCUACAGUAAUCUCCUCCAUCGAGACACCAUGGCUAUUGAAUGAUAGCUCCUUUGGGCAGGGAAGCAGUUAGAAUACAGAGGGUGAUUAUUUUUUCUAGGUUCAUGCUGUGGAAAGAGGAUGGUAGCUUCAUGAUGAACCUGCUGUGAGAGCCUCCAGGGCCCCAUCUUCACCAGGUUCAGAUCAGUACCCUCAAAACCAUGGGGAGAUUCUUCUUUAACUGAAUGUGCAACACAUCCUAUCAGGAGAGGACUUUUCCUUGCCCCAUAUGAUGCCUUUCAUGAGAUGGUAGUGUAUAACAGAGGAGAGUGGGCUGGUGAUCACAGAUUGCCUUGAGCACCCAGCCAGUGGCUGUGGAGCCACUGUGGAUGAGUAUCCUAGCUGGCUAGCUGGGCCACAUCUCACAAACCGAGCACUCAGGCAGGUGACAUUGUUUGGGUGGGCUGCAUGCAUUUGUGACACAGAGUGAGAAAGUUAGUAAGCUAACUGGGCCACUGUUCUGGACUUGAUUCAGCAGAGAUGACUGAUGCCAAACAUGGCAUCCGUAAGUUGCACUCGGGCAUAGACCUCUGAAAGACUCACCAAAUACCCCCUCAGUCACUGAGCAGACUUGCCCACUUGAAAUCUGGGGUAGAAUUUUAGUCUCUUGUAGGGAACACCAUAAACCAGAGUGAGGAGAACCCCUAAGCUCCCUGCUUUCAGCAUGCCAAGGAGGAGUGAGGGGAGAGCCUUCUCUGCUCUAUUUCUUCUCCUGGCCUAUCUGGAGAGAUGGCUUGGAAGCUCCGCCUCCUCCUCUUCUGCAGGUGGCGUUUCCCCCACUGAAAACAAGCUGAGCAAAUUUGACUCAUCACAGCAAAGGUCACACAAGCUCCUGUUUGGCAAAUCACUAGAAGAAUUGGGGCAGUGGGGCUAGCAAAUAUUUUUUGGCUCUCCCAAAGCCCAGCAAGUUGCCCUUAGAUGAGUGCUAUUGGUGUAUCUUCUAGAAGACUGUGUUGGUCAUUUCAGAUUUUUAACAGGUCUUAUUUUUACAGUUCCUGAACACCACGGCUUUAAGAACACCUUUCAUCCAGGACGGAACUCUUUGACUUUAAGACUUGCCUGGGAGCGGGGACAUCCUUCUGGCCAUCUUUUAGUUCCUGCAUCCGGUGCAUCUUUUCUGGGGAUAUAUUCUUACUAGACUGACAGUCCUUAAGUCAAGCAUGCAGUGAGGGUGUUAAGGGAUGGAAGAAGCGAGUCUGUGCCUUGGAGUGUCCUCGACGGCACCGGAAGCUGAGCCUCACUUGAGUGGCCCAGUCCUCAAUGGCCAGUAUGCCAUGAGCCAGAAGUUGCACCAGAUCACUUCCCAGCUCAGCCAUGCCUUUCCUGAGCUUCAUUCGCGGCCCAACCCAGAGGAGAAGCCACCUGCAGCCCUUGAGGAAAAGGCCCACGUACCCAUAAGCGGACAGCCCAUGGGCAGCCAAAUGGCAUUGCUGGCCAAUCAGCUGGGCCGUGAUGUGGACAACAGCCUCAAUGGGCGUGUGGACCUGCAGCAGUUCCUCAAUGGGCAGAACUUAGGCAUCAUGUCUCAGAUGAGUGACAUUGAGGAUGAUGCCAGAAAGAACCGGAAGUACCCGUGUCCUCUGUGUGGCAAGCGUUUCCGAUUCAAUAGCAUCCUCUCCCUGCACAUGCGCACUCACACUGGCGAGAAGCCAUUCAAGUGCCCCUACUGCGACCACCGUGCAGCCCAAAAAGGAAAUCUCAAGAUUCACCUCAGGACCCACAAGCUGGGCAACCUAGGGAAAGGGCGCGGGCGGGUGCGUGAGGAGAACCGACUGCUGCAUGAGUUAGAGGAGAGGGCCAUUCUGCGGGACAAGCAGAUGAAGGGCAGUCUGAUGCAACCAAGGUCUGAUCUCAAGCCCUUGGCACAUGCCCAACAGGCUCCAUUGGCCACCUGCAAUUUAGCCUUGCCCCCCAACCACAGUGUGCCCGAUGUAGCCCACCCGGCACCUUCUCCCAAGCCAGCCAGUCUGCAGGAGGAUUCGGUGACCCCGGCUGCUGGCUUCAGAUGCACCUUUUGCAAAGGCAAGUUUAAAAAGCGUGAGGAGCUGGACCGCCACAUCCGCAUUUUGCAUAAGCCGUACAAGUGCACAUUGUGUGACUUCGCGGCCUCACAGGAAGAGGAGCUCAUCAGCCACGUGGAGAAGGCACACAUCACUGCGGAGUCGGCCCAGGGCCAGGGUCCCAAUGGUGGUGGAGAGCAGUCGGCCAACGAGUUUCGCUGUGAGGUCUGCGGCCAGGUGUUCAGCCAGGCCUGGUUCCUGAAGGGCCACAUGCGCAAGCACAAAGACUCCUUUGAGCACUGCUGCCAGAUCUGUGGUCGGCGCUUCAAAGAGCCUUGGUUCCUGAAGAAUCACAUGAAGGUCCACCUCAACAAACUGUCAGUGAAGAACAAGUCCCCCACCGAGCCUGAGGUGUCAGUGCCCAUGGGCGGCCUGUCCCAGGAGGCCCAUGCCAACCUGUACUCGAGGUACCUUUCCUGCCUGCAGAGUGGCUUUAUGGCCCAGGACAAAGCCAGCCUGAGUGAGCCCACCCAGCUCUAUGGCAAAGGGGAACUCCAAGCCAAGGAGAAAGAGGUUCUGGGAAAGCUACUGUCUCCCAUUUCCAGUAUGUCUCAUAGUGUCCCGGAGGGAGACAAGCACUCCCUCCUGGGCUGCCUCAACCUUGUGCCACCACUAAAAUCCAGCUGCAUUGAACGGUUGCAGGCAGCUGCCAAAGCUGCAGAAAUGGACCCAGUGAACAGCUAUCAGGCCUGGCAGCUCAUGGCCAGGGGCAUGGCCAUGGAACAUGGCUUCUUAUCUAAAGAGCAUCAGCUCACGCGAAACCACGAAGACACUUUGGCAAAUGCUGGAGUUCUGUUUGAUAAGGAGAAGCGGGAGUAUGUGUUAGUGGGAGCAGAUGGCUCCAAGCAGAAAAUGCCUGCUGAUUUGGUUCACAGCACUAAAGUGGGCAAUCAGAGAGACCUGCCAAAUAAGCUCGACCCUCUAGAAGGCAGUCGGGAAUUUUUGUCACAUGGGCUCAACCAGACGCUCGAAUACAACCUGCAGGGUCCUGGGAACUUGAAGGAGAAGCCCACUGAGUGCCCGGACUGCGGACGGGUGUUCCGCACCUACCACCAGGUGGUCGUGCAUUCUCGCGUUCACAAGCGGGACCGCAAGAAUGAUGAAGAUGUUCUGCAUGUGGGCGUGGGCCUGGAUGAGCGGCGUGGCUCAGGCAGCGACCAAGAGUCCCAGUCGGUGAGCCGCUCCACCACACCCGGCUCCUCUAAUGUGACUGAGGAGAGUGGGGCUGGAGGUGGCCUGUCGCAGACCGGGAGCGCCCAGGAGGACAGUCCACACCCCUCUUCACCAUCUUCCUCAGACAUUGGCGAGGAGGCCGGGAGAGCCGCCGGGGGCAUCCAGCAGCAGGCGCUGCUUCGAGACAGGAACCUGGGCUCGGCCAUGAAGGACUGCCCAUACUGUGGGAAGACUUUCCGGACUUCCCAUCACCUUAAGGUCCACCUGAGGAUACACACAGGUGAGAAACCAUAUAAGUGUCCUCACUGUGACUAUGCUGGCACUCAGUCAGCAUCCCUGAAGUAUCACCUGGAACGACACCACCGGGAGCGGCAGAAUGGAGCCGGGCCACUGUCAGGACAGCCCCAGAACCAAGAGCACAAAGAUGAGACCUCCAGCAAAGCACCUUUGUUUAUCAGGCCAGACAUCCUGCGAGGGGCUUUGAAGAGUCUCCCUGGAAUCGACUUCCGAGGUGGUCCUGCCUCUCAGCAGUGGACAUCAGGCAUGCUCUCCUCUGGAGAUCACCCAGGGCAGGCCACUGGCAUGUCCUCAGAGCUGUCUUCAGAUACCCUAAAAGGCUCCGACCUUCCUUCCAAAAGCUCCCACUUCUCAGAGAUCGGAAGGGCUUAUCAAAGCAUCGUGAGCAAUGGCGUGAAUUUCCAAGGGUCCCUGCAGGCAUUCAUGGACAGCUUUGUCCUCAGCUCUUUGAAGAAGAAGGACACAAAAGACAAAGUCCCAUCUGAUGCCCAUUCCAUGAAAGUCCAUGCUGCAGACAGUGGAGAGGAGAGGGCCAGUGGGAAGCCCUCCCAGAGAAAGUCUGAGAAAUCGCAGUAUGAGCCUCUGGACUUAUCUGUGCGACCUGACGCUCCCACUCUUCCUGGCUCCUCCGUGACCAUGCAAGACAGCAUUGCGUGGCAUGGCUGCUUGUUCUGUGCUUUUACCACAUCGUCCAUGGAGCUUAUGGCCCUUCACCUCCAGGCCAAUCACCUAGGCAAAGCAAAACGCAAAGAUCACCCCACAGGGGUGACAGUCAACUGCAAAGAUCAGGUGCGGGAGACCAGCAAGGUCCCUGUCCUGCCCUCCAUACAAUCAAACAAAGAGAUGGCCCUUUCGAGCACUGUCGGCGCACUAGACUCUGCUCCUGAGAAGAUGGUCCAAGGACCGGCCAAAGAGACUCUAGGGGACCAGAAGAGUGGUCAGUGGCCCAGCCACGUGGACCCUACCUUUUGUACCUUUCCAUCUGACUUCUACAAACAGUUUGGCGUUUACCCCACAAUGAUUGGCUCAGGGGCCCCUGGCUCCUGCUCCAACAAGAAUCCUGAUGGGAAAACCCACCUGGAAGAUGAAGCCCCUCUCCUGAUCCCGGAAACCACAAAUAAAAACACUACUGAUGACCUCUCAGAUAUUGCUUCCUCCGAGGACAUGGACUCCUCCAAGGGAGAAAACAAUGAGGAUGAGGAGAUUGACACCGAACCAGAAAUGAUGAGCAAGCCACUGUCUGCUCUCAGCAAGGAUGGCAGCAGUGAGGGCGGUGACAGCCUGCUGCCCCCGGGCACCUCCCAGCCCAUCCAGGGACUGGUCUCACCUUUAGCCCAAGCAUCAGAGGAACAGUGGCACAACCCAGGCCUCCUUCCUGCCCAGGACCCCUCCGCGGGGCUGCCAAAGCCAGAGCGGGGUCCGCCAGGGUUGGAGAAACCCAUGAGCAUGCUGUCGGUCCUCAGGGCCUACAGCGCCGAUGGCUUAGCAGCCUUUAAUGGGCUCGCAAGCAGCACAGCAAAUUCUGGAUGUAUCAAGAGGCCAGACUUGUGUGGUCACAGGCCUUUCCAGUGUCACUACUGUCCCUACAGUGCCUCACAGAAGGGAAACCUGAAGACCCAUGUCCUCUGUGUCCAUCGAAUGCCUUUUGACAACAGCCAGUAUCCUGACCGCAGAUUCAAACGUUCCAGGGUCGACUCGGAGGCUUCUGGGAAUUUUGAGGAUGCUGCAACUGUCAAGGCGGGGAGCUUUGCCGAGCUAACAGAUGAGAGAGGCAAGGGCCAGGAGGAGGGCAACUGAGCAGAGCCCGUCCACUGUAACACUCCUCUCUACAGUUUUAAAUCAUGCAUCUGGUUUCACCAGUUUGCUAACUGCAUUCCAAGGGGGGGAAAUCAUGUACAACCCUCACUAGUGUAUAGAACAUUUAAAAGAAUUUUAAAAGAUAUCUAUAUAUAUAUAUAUUAAAAAGAAAAAUCCCCCAGCCCUUGAACAUGGCUGCUACACUGUUACCCAGUAACAAGAACUUCCAAGCAAUGUAGGUGGGAGAAAGUGAUUUUAGAAAUGUCCCUGUGUCCUUUGAGCUCUGAAAGCUGGAGGCCUUUCCAACCCAAAAGUCAUCUUUGUCCAAAAACAGAAAAAAAACAAAAAACAAAGAACAAAAACAAAAUGCUACCGUCCAAGUGAUUUGCGUUGCCUUGAAGGGUCUGUGUUUUCCUUCUUGAAAACACCUCUAUAAUCUAACACCAGCUGCUGUCAAUCGCCUAGCGCCCUAAUGAGACGAGUUGGGAGGCAGCUGAGGUGCCAGUCAGACUGGGGCGGUCACUGCAGGGAAAAUCAAUUCACGUGGUGUCACUCUGCACUCUGGGAGAAAUCCUAGCCAGCCUGCACGCAGCCAGCGAGCGCCAGGCCUGACCAGUGCUGCAGAGGAUGGUAAUCUAAAGUGUGCUUUAAAAAAAAAUACACAGCCCGAUGAAUCAGUGGUCAGGAAGUGUCUGCAGACAAAUGUCCUUUGCAGGUUUGAUGAGUCAUUCUUUCUUUUUUUUUUAAAGAUCAAAUUGCAGUAUGGAUAGAAAUGCUUUUUAUUUUAUUAUUUCUUUCCUGAGUUAUCGUUUUGAAAAUGUCUGGAUGAAGGAAAAGGUUUGAUAUUAAAAACAAAUUGUAGGAAACAUUCUAGAAACAGUCAUUAGCAAACCAACUCAAUUCUACUCUCCAUAGAAAGUUCUGGUAAACAAUGGCAGUUUCUUUGCUGAUGGGGAAGACUGCUUUCUAUUACAGUUUAAGACACUUUAUUUGAAUGAAGUCUCCCUUGGCCCUUGUUACCAGAUUCCUUUUUUCAUGUGUUACUUUUUAAGUGUUGUGGGCAUGAAGCAAGAUUUUUCUUCUCCAGUGAGCUCUUCCAAAAUAACUUGUAUUAAAACACGAAUCUAAACCUCCGGCUGUCUGUCACUAAUGAAGAAAACAGUUUGACUUAGAAUGUUCAUUUUUGUGAAACAAAUGUGUUCUGUAUUUUUGUAGAUUAUAGAGUGUCUACUGAUUGAACACUCAAAAUUUAUCCAGUUCUGCACCACACUGAGGGAGAUUUUGAAGGUUGACAAGGAAACACAACUCUUAAAAGACAAAAACAGAAACCAAAACAAUGGUGUAAGGAAACUCAUAGGAGUAUUCUUGAAUUUGCUAGGAUGCUGUGAAUGUUCCCACCUUCUAACACACUUCCCUUGAGUGACAUGAAAUUGGUACUGUUACUUGUGACGGUGGAGACGUAGUGAAGUAUUAACUUCGAGAACGAAAUCAUUUAAACUUGGAGAGAGAGGGGAAAAAGUCAAUAUUUCCUUGCAGUCUGGGAGCACACAAUAAAACCCCAGGGCCUUAAAAACUUCAACUCUGCCUAUAGCAGUUUACAAAAAUACUAAACUGCAAUCAAUGUAAAUAAAAUUCUUAGCACUAUCCUGAGACUGAAUUUCAGGCUAAUAAGGAAUCCGGUUUGCAUAUGCUGUCAAAAGGGUGUCAUCCAACUCGGGUUUCACUGGGAAUGAGGCCGCUGUGCAGCGUGGACCCAUCUGGCAUAAAGCAAGCUGCUUUCUUGCUGCUUUUUUUCUUCUUUUCUUUUCUUCCCUUUCUUCCUUCUUUUCUUUUCUCCUUUACUUUUUUCUCUAGAAUAGUCUCACUGCCUUACUUAACUCAGUUGAUCGACUGUGGCUGUCUCCGUGGUCCGAGGGAGGCCUGGAGACGUUGGUGGAAAACUUCUGACUGUAGUGAGCAUUUAGGGGUUAAGUGCACUGCUGUGUUUGGUGACUGUGCCAUUGGCUUGCUUUCUGUGUGUUUGCCCCACCUGUGGUAUCUUAGCAAAGAGAAAUUUAAAAAAGAAAAAAAGAAAAGAAAAAAAAUAAUAAAAAGGAAAAAAAGUGGAAAAAAAAAGAGAGAGAGAGAGAGGCCCACAUUCCGUGUCUAGCACUUUGGCGCUGGUACAGUGUCUUUUGUGCCCUCCGAGAAUCUGCAAAUACUACAGGCAAUAAUUAUGUUUGUGACACUGGGAACAUACUCCCCUUCUUUGUGGUGUGUGUGUUGAUUCCAUUUUGUCCAGUCCUACCAGCCUUCCCAUUUUCCCUCUGACACAGGCUUUCUUUCCAGAACAUUUGUGACUUGUAAUACAAGCCCGUGACAGCUUCUGCGAUGCAAUGUCAGCAUCAAGUGUCACCAGGCUCUCAUAUCUAUACACGUUGGUCCUUCCCCCGUGACUUCUGUAGUCUGUGAUGCCGUUCCUAACCCCGUCGACAUUCUAUCUUGGAGGAACUCUGAGAUCAUAGAGUAGAGGAGUUUGUCGCUAUGCUUGUAACAAGUAGAACACUUUGUAUUUAAAGUUUAUUCUUGGUCAUUAUUUAUUAUUAUAAUACAUCAGUUGACAGAACUUUAUUCUGGUAUAGAAAGUAUUAAAGGUUGUUUUUUUCAGCAAUGACUGUUUUCUUUCUGCUGUUAGGAAUAAAAUGUCUUUGAAGCAGUCCAGUUUUAUCCAGUGUUUUAUGCAAUAAAACCUCUACCUUUGCAAAACAAAAACCUGAACCAAAAAAGUAUGUCUUUUCUGAGUCCCACAAAGAAUAAAACCUAUUUUCCAUGCUUAUAAGUCAUUGGUAAAACUUGAGCAGACUCCACUCAUAAAAAAAGGCCUGUCAUAUUCUGCAUGGCAGAUAUCCUCAUGGCUUUGAGCUUUUGUUGAAC